AUUUUUUGUGUACUUCCAUUUCAAAUAAAAUACGAAUACCUAUAUCUUCUAAAUCCAGUCAAUUUUUAGUGUAUAUUUUGUAACCGUUGACCUAUUCUUUACGGGAAUAAUAUGAUUAAAGAAAAUGUGUCAAAGUCCGAAAGGAAAAAUGAUGAGUUUCCCAACCCAGAAGAACUAAAAAAACAGGGUGUGCGCGAUGAAGAGGAUCGAAUUGGUAAUAAUUAUAAAGAGCCUGUUAAAGAUAAUCUCUUAUCUAAAGGGAACAAAAACGAAAACAACGAAGAUAAUAUAAAUGGAAAUGAAUCUAAUGCAGUCUCUGAUGCCGACAGAGUUCCUGGUUUGAUAUUAAUCAAGAAUUCAAGUAGGAAAAAAUUAAAAUUGCAAAGAUUAGCUUCGCUUAAUGCAUUUUUUGCAGAUACUUCUGAACCCGAAUUGUCAUAUAGACUUGAAAGAGAGCAGUUAGAAAAAGAACAAAAACAGGAGAGUUGUCAAAAUGUAGAAGAUAAUACUGAAGAGUCACAAUUAGAUGUGAUACAGCAAGAAUAAUAAUAGAAAAG